CACUCACUUAUAAACAGUCGCACGAUUACAUGCGUGUCGGUAAAGGGUGCUGUAAUUAUGAUUAAUUAGAUGCAGAACUGUAGUUUAACUAAAUAACAACUACAAUACAUAUCUGUUGCUAUUAGGAUGAAACUAACUCGAAAGUUAGUGCUUGCGAGGGCUAAAGCCUCGGACCUCGACAGUGUUAAAAAGCUGAACUGCUGGGGCUGCAAUCUGACAGAUAUAUCCAUAUUCAAGGAAAUGCCCAAUAUUGAAGUGCUGACUCUCAGUGCCAAUAGGAUCAGCUCCCUGGAGCCAAUCAGCCGCUGUCUGAGCCUGGGCGAGCUCUACCUACGGCGGAACUACAUCCAGAGUCUGGCGGAGCUCGCCCACCUGCGGCACCUGGCCCGGCUGCGCGUGCUAUGGCUGGCGGAAAACCCCUGUUGUGGUUCUGAUUCUACCAAGUACCGGCUCACUGUACUGCGCAACCUGCCCAGUCUGCACAAGCUGGAUAACCAAGUGGUGACGGAGGAGGAGCUGGCUCAGGCCCUCGAGGAAGGGGAGGAGAUCAGCACCCCCCCAGCGCCUGCACCCUGCUCCGCCAAUGGGGGGUUAGAGGCUGACAGCGAGAGUGACCCCCUCAACUACAGCAUGGAGGAGACCAAUAAAAUCCGUGAGCAGCUGGGAAUGAAACCAAUACCCAGGGAUAAAUUUCCAUCCUUCUCUUCCUCGCGGGACAUGGGGAAACGGGCGCACGUGCUGGACGCAGUCUUGCUGCUGCUGAAGGAGUUGGAUCCCGAAGAGCUGCAGGUUGUUCGCAAGGCGACGGACAACAGGCUGCGCUCGCUGCGCAGACGUGACUGCCAGGCUGCGAUGGCUGACAUUAUCCAACAAUGAAGUGCACAGGGAUGGUGUGACCAGCAGGGGGAGAUGGUGAGAAUGUGCUAGUUACCGAUGGCAGAUUCAACACUCCAAAACCCACUGUGAGGGAAAUAAAAGAGCUUGUGUUACCUGCUGGUUACCUUAUUGGUUCCAGUUGUGUAAGACCAGUAAGUAACUGGGAAUGGUAACGCCCUCCACUGUGGGCCGCAGUUCUUUGUCACAUUGUGCUGGACAGGAACCUUCAGAGGAAAUUAAUACUAAUUACCUUCCCCAAGCUCAUUUAAGUGCUUUGAAAGCACCUCCAGAGUGUGAUAGCAUUGUUUUGUGAAGAAGCAGAGACAGACCGGCUCGGCUGAACACUACCCUGCGUAGGAGGCGACCAUUCCAGAGGAGUGACAUCAUCACUUCAUUGCUCCUGCCAGCACUGUGUACUCAAUUACCAAUGCAGAUUCCGCGUCGGUAACGACUAGCGGCUACUGGAAACCAGCGAUCAACAUGUUGCUUCUGUUUAACUGUACUGUGUCAGCCGCCGUUAGGCUUUGGUAAUGCUGCCAGUGUGUACAGUCUAUAGACAACCGAAUUAGCUUUGUUAGUAUUUAUGGAAAAUGGCAUGCUUGUUUAACAUCUUUAUAGUCACACAUAUAGAGGAAAUGUAUUUUGUUUUUUUUUUUAGCACUUGGGCAUAGGGCUUCUAUAUCCUUAUUUGUGUAUGUAUAUAUACACACAUACCUUUUUGAGGUAUACGGAUAUUACUGAGGUAGUGCUACCCCUGGCCAGCAAUACUGCAAAUGUUCACAUUAGUUAGGAUUAGGAUUCCCCAUCCCCCCCCCCCCCCCAUGCUCCAAGUUGUCUCGCUAAAGUUACUUGUAAGGCUUUGUACAGUUUAUUACCUAUUUUCCAUCUCCCAUCGAACUAGUGAGUUAAGGAUAAUCAAAAAUGAUAUUGUGGCAUACGGGUGACCAGUAGAUGGCAGCACAGCCCCUUUUAAAAAUUAUUUAAAGUUAUUACUAAACAUAAAUUAUGUUACGGCCACACAACCAUAAUAGUGGAAUCUGUGUUACCAUGUGAACCUUUGUCGUUUCAUUUUAGGAUUGUGAAGGAGGAGCAGAUGGGUCAGGUUUUGGGAUGAUGCUAAUAAAGUAAUAAUCUACUCCCAGC